GGCGCACCGGGCGGGAUGCACCGACCGCGGGCAGGGGAGGGGCCCCGGGGCCUGUAAACGUGGAGCCUGCGGGGCAGGGCGGCCCUGCCCGCCUCCGCCCCCACAGCUGAGGCCGGAGCGGCGCGGCGGCGUGCUUCCUAGUACAGUGGCUCAAACAGCUCUAAGCUACCGGCAUGGCAGAUUAGAUUUUAAACAAUGCCUGUUACCCCUGUACAUGACUACAUCUCUCCUUUGCUUCUGCUUUUUAAAACCACAAAAUGUCUGAAGUUAAGCCAAGGAAAAAAGGUAUUUCUUCAUCCAAGACCAGCGAAGGUUCACAGAAGGCUGAGAAACACAGUAAUUAUGAGAAGCUGGCAAGUCCCAGGAGCAGCAGUAAUCACAGUUCCUUUAGGAUGGACUCAAGGACAAGUUUGAGUAUCAUUUCCCUUACUGUUUGCCUGGUGGUGAGCUGGUUUCUAUUUCAGCAGUCGGGUCAAUUUGCUGAUCUGGAACGAAAGUACAAUUUUUUACAUCAAGAAGCUGAAAAAAUCAUGGAUGUGGGAAAUAAAGUAAACUUAAUUUCUGAGAAGCUUGAGUCUUCUGAAAGUAUCCUGCGAGAAGCUGCCUCAUCCAUCUCUGUGAUGACUGAGUUUGGGCAGGAAAUAUCUUCUCUUCAUAACGCCAUAAAUGAUAUUCAGAACAAUGAACAGACUCUAUCUUUAAAGUUGCAGAGCAUUAAUGAGAAGUUCCAAAAUGUAACAAAUUCCUGGAGAAGAAGUCUGGAUGAAAUGAACACAAAUGCUAGUGGUUUAAAAUCUGAAGCAAAGUUCAUACAUACAGAAGUUACUUCCAAAAUCAAUGAAGUUGACCAAAGAAUUAAAUCCCUUGCAGAAAGGGUAAAAGAUUUGGAGGACAGUACAGCCAGAAAUAUCAGAACACUAAAAAAGCAGGAAGAUGAUGAAUUCUCUAGAGUUGAACAAAAGUUGAACUUGGAUGCAAAGUCAGUUGAAAAGCUAGAAGAAGAACAGAAUAGUCUGGUAGCCAAGGACACAGACCUGAAUCAGAAACUUGCAAACUAUGAACCUAAAAUUGAGGAGUGCAAGACCCAUUUGCCAACAAUUGAAAAUGCUAUUCACUCUAUUCUUAGGCUGUCAAGUGACUUGCUUGGUAUGGAGAAAAAGAUAGAAGACUUGAAGACACAGCUGUAUGCUGUGGAAAAUGACAUGCUGAAAACUGUGUCUGAUACAGUGGCCAUGCAGAAGGCUCUUGAAGGCCUCCAGUCCAAUGGCAGCUUGAUCAAAAUGCAACAUGAACUAGCUGUUCUAGAAACAGGGCCUGACACAGCAGUAUCUUCAAAAGCAGAAGAAGUAACUUUAGAAAGCUUUCACUUAGAAAAUGACCAGAAUGGGGAUAAGUGAAUUUGGCCUUAGUUUUUUCAUUGAUAAAAAAGCACUUUUCUAUAAAUAAUGUGAUUUAAAUCUAUGUCAGGGAUAGCUGAUGGACUGUCAUUGAUCUGAAGAUCAUUGGAACAGCUUGAAAGGUUGAGAAAGAGGGUAGAGAGCAAGAGAGUAAUACUUUGGUAAAGAAGGAAAGGAAUAUUUUCUUAAAUUAAGGAUUAUUUUCAGUUUAUUUAUUAAAAGAUCUUUUUUAUUAAAAAUAAUUUGAAGCCAAGUAUUUAGAUUUAAGGGGAAAAAGUUCAUAUUUUUAGUUUGUAUUUAGCUUUCACUACUUAGUUUCUUUUGUUGAUACUUUGUGUAUUAUUUUCCAUUGACUUGUAACACAGUGAACAAUUAAUCACUUAUUUCUCAGCUGAGAUAGCUUUACCUUGCUUUUAAAGUGUUGCACACCAUAAUGGUUUUGUGCUGCAGGAAAGCACUGAGUACAUUUUUAAUAGCUGAAGCUUAGAUAAAACACCCUUAGAGGAAACCUGCUGAGAACCUUGUAUUGUUCUGGUUUCUAUACGGUGGCAUUUACAUAGCACCUGGUUUGGUUUUAUUUUUGGGGGGGGGGGGCAUUUUGGUGCUUUAGAGACAAAUUUUAACCUUUUAACAUUUUCUUCUGUAGGAUGCUCUUUGUUAGGCAUUACAUGAUAUAUCUUGUAUUGCUUUGCUUUUGAAAAGAAAAAGAAUUAAUAAUGUCACUGACAUUGUUUCCCAAAGUUUGCUGAACCAAGAGCUGCAGAAGUAAUUAAUGAAAUCAGUGGAGUUAUGUGCUUGGGAGCAGGGAAUAUCCAGUUUACCCACAGACCUACUUACACAUGAUCUAAUACUACCUAGUAGGCCUGGUAGAUAUUCAUUGAAAUUUGGAUCUCAGGGACAACACAAAUUGUCUGCAGACUUAAUGGCUCGAUAAUUUUGUAUUUCUCUGGAAAGGAGGUUACUUAGUAGAAACAGUAUGAACACAUUUAUGACUUAAUCAGACCUAAUUUAAAUUAGUCUGGGUUUGUACAUUAAUUUCUUUAGAACUCCACUGAAAUCUUCACUAAACAAGUAACACUGUCCAUUCAAGGGACUGUGAAACCAGUGUUUCUCAAUGCCAUAAAACUGUGUUGGUUUCAUAUAAUUAUUGCUUAUGUAUAAAUUUCUGUUUACAGUGAUAUUCAAAAUAAAAAUAUAUUGUAGUGAA